UCUCUCUCUCACACACACACACACACACUUGAUCACGUUCCUUUCCCUUUCAUCCUGGUUGCUCUCAUCUCGAACAUCCGCAUUGAUUACCACUGAAUUCCUCAUAUAGUCCACCUUUUAUCAUCUUUUAUGACGACUCCCUCUGACAUUUUCAUGGCUUCUUCAAAAUCAAACUAAAACACUUUUCAAGAUUUCAAUUUCAGGCUGAUAAUUAGUAAGAGAAGAGAAUCUUGAUGGAUCUGUGGGCUGUACAGAUCAAAACUGCAGCUCGGUGCCCUUAUGUAUCGAAGAAUAAUCACUUGUACGAUAAGCCUGUUUCUUCAUGGAAAUCAAGAAAGAUGGUUUCUUUCGAUGUUGGAAAGGCAUUCGAGAUCAGGGUUCCGAGAGGAACUGUUUCUUCCCGUACAUCGUUUGUCGUGCGAGCUAUGGGAAAGAAGAAUUCGCAGAAUAAUUCUGAUUCAUCAUCUCCUUCAGGGGUAGCUUGGUUUGAAUGGGGGGUCAAAGGUAUGCUUUUUGCUUGCAGUCAACUAUGGCGCCUUGCUUGCAACACGAUUGUUGGCAAUGGUGAUCAUUCCAUUCCGGAAGGAGAGGGUCACAAUGGAAAUAAUCCUGCUGAAAGCAAUAAAUCUAGCAAUACAGGUACUCCAAAGUCUCAGAAUAAAGCCACUGACUGGAGAGAGUUUAGAGCAAUUCUCUAUCUGAAUCAGCAGUUAAUGCUUAACAAACAAGAGGAAGGGGUCGUCCAAGAGUCUAAACGUCUCGGGUCAAAAUGGGCUCAUCCCCUUACCUCCCCCGAGACGGGAUGUGUCCUUGUUGCGACAGAAAAGCUCGAUGGGGUUCAAACCUUUGAAAGAUCGGUCGUCUUUCUACUUGGAUCCGGAACCCGACACCCACAAGAAGGUCCAUUUGGCGUAAUCGUAAAUCGCCCCCUUCAUAAAAAGAUAAAAAACAUGAAACCCACAAAUCUCCAUCUGGCAACCACAUUUUCUGAUUGUUUGUUGCAUUUUGGUGGCCCUCUUGAGGCCAGCAUAUUCCUGUUAAGAGCUGGAGGGAAGAAAAACAUUCUCGAUUUUGAAGAAGUCAUUCCGACUUUGUGCUUUGGUUCUCGAAACAGUUUGGACGAAGCUUCGGCUCUAGUGAAAACCGGAGUUCUUAAACCUCAAGACUUCAGAUUUUUCGUCGGGUAUGCUGGCUGGCAACUUGAUCAGCUGAGGGAAGAGAUUGAUGCCGGUUUAUGGCAUGUUGCGGCUUGUAGUUCGAAUUUGAUUUUUGGUGGUACGCAGAAUUCUUCAACCGAGGGUCUGUGGGAAGAGAUUUUGCAGCUUAUGGGCGGUCGUUACUCGGAGCUCAGCCGCAAGCCGAAGCAAGAUCUAUAGUUUCUGUUUGAAGUGAUUUUGAGUUGAAAUAAAAUGACAGAAAGUUGAGGUUAAAGUUGGUGAGUUACCAUCUCAUCAGUCUUUAUAUUUAGUCUCAAAUUGUACAGAAUGGUCAAGGUAGAAUUUUGUUUCUCCUACUUAUAUAUAUAAUAUAUAUGAAUCCUACUCUACAUGGAGUGAUAACUUAUCAUCAUCUUAUGUGACUCAAAU